AUGAAGAGGAACCUGGAUGACCAGGCAGGGGAAGAAGACCCAAGGCCUAAUCACGCCAUUUUAUCAGACACAUCCACACCCAGAAAAGUCAUUAAACGCAUCACCACCAAACGGAAGGAUAUAUUUGAUUUGCUCCUGCAGAGCAACCCGUUCGACCUGGACAGUGUUCUACUGGCGGCCCAGACAGGAAAUGGUCAGGCGACAACAGGAAGUCAUCAUGACUCUGUUGAUUCAGUUGUGUUGAGAAGUCGAAGCACAGAUUUCCUGCUGGGGACAGCAGAUUUCAGAGGAAAGGAGGGAGGAAGGGAAAGGAAAACAGAAAAACAGGAAGUGAUGAAACCCUCACAACGCCAGAGAGAGGAGCUAAUUCUAACUCCAGAUGGGCAUCUCUCCCAGCAUACUGACCACUGCCAGAGCCAGAGAGAGGAGCUAAUUCUAACUCCAGAUGGGCAUCUCUCCCAGCAUACUGACCACUGCCAAAGCCAGAGAGAGGAGCUAACUCUAACUCUAGAUGGGCAUCUCUCCCAGCAUACUGACCACUGCCAAAGCCAGAGAGAGGAGCUAACUCUAACUCUAGAUGGGCAUCUCUCCCAGCAUACUGACCACUGCCAGAGCCAGAGAGAGGAGCUAACUCUAACUCUAGAUGGGCAUCUCUCCCAGCAUACUCACCACUGCCAAAGCCAGAGAGAGGAGCUAAUUCUAACUCUAGAUGGGCAUCUCUCCCAGCAUACUGACCACUGCCAAAGCCAGAGAGAGGAGCUAACUCUAACUCUAGAUGGGCAUCUCUCCCAGCAUACUCACCACAUAGAUGUAGCAGGGUUCAAUCUAGGUGAAUAUCUAAAUCUCAACCCAACAAAGAAUACUGACAAAUACCAACACAACACAAUCUGUGCAGAGGAAACCAGUCAAAACCCUGACCAGAAUACAUGUCCUGAAGCCUUAGUGCCGCUAGCUGGAGAGGAUGCCACAAGAAACAGCAUUUCCAGCGAUAGGUCAAAGGUCACCCUCACCCACCGACCUGCUAGGCCAGUGAUUGACCCCAUUGACCUGAGCCUAAUGGACCAGGAUGACACCCGCUGUACCCUUAUAGACAACCUCUCACCUGUUGAACACCUGUCCCUGUCCAGAGCACCUGUCCCUUUGGAAACCACUGACGCUGUGAAUGUCUGUGUGGCUGGGAGUUCAUCUCCAUUUACUGGUGAUCAGUGUAAGCUAGACAAUGCUCUCCUGUCCGAGGAAGACUUGGAGGAGCAGUGUAGCGUGAGUCUUCUUCCUACAACAACAACACACCUGGAUGUCACAAGACAAGCUUCCGUUGUUGACGGUAACGAGAAGCAGACACAACCAGUCGAGGUGCCAUCAGCGAUGGAUGAUGAUGAAUAUCUUGGCUCUUGCAACACCAGCUCUCCAUCCCUCCUAGUGGCUGAGGAGCUCCACGGCCCUGUGGGGAUAUCAGAAUGUACAGAGACCAAUAUCAAUACACUGUUUAUGCCUAGAGCAAGUCAAAUCCCCAAAGCUUCUCCCAUUGGAUCAGAUGUUGGUUUAAAAGCCAACCUGCUUAGACGCACUGGUCUCGAUCUCCAGCUGACUGGAAACAGACUGGACAGAGAGACCACGGCUGCUGUGACUAGUAGAGACGGUGAGAGGUGUCGUAUUGAUGGUGGACAACGUGAGGGACGCUUUGUAACACACAGAGAGUCUAGAGACACUGAUGCUUCUACUACUGACAAGACUAAAGACGAUGACGCUGACCGCUUCGCUGACUCUGACUGCACCGUGGUCUCUGAACUGGACCGCGCAGAGACAGAGAGCAAUGAUCUGGGACAAGUUGAAAAGGAGGAGGUGGAGAAAGCUCACGUUCAACUUGAUUCAGAAGCGACAAUUGGUUCCUUUCAAGAUCAAGUGAGAGGAGUAGAAAACCAAACCCCCGGGACUGAAGAUGAGGCUUUAGAGAGUAGAGGCAAGGUAGAAGAGGAGCAGACUGCUGAUGCUUUAGAUACAGUAAUAGAUUACACUGAAGAUCAGGCUUUAGAUACAGUAAUAGAUUACACUGAAGAUCAGGCUUUAGAUACAGUAAUAUAUUACACUGAAGAUCAGGCUUUAGAUACAGUAAUAUAUUACACUGAAGAUCAGGCUUUAGAUACAGUAAUAGAUUACACUGAAGAUCAGGCUUUAGAUACAGUAAUAGAUUACACUGAAGAUCAGGCUUUAGAUACAGUAAUAGAUUACACUGAAGAUCAGGCUUUAGAUACAGUAAUAGAUUACACUGAAGAUCAGGCUUUAGAUACAGUAAUAUAUUACACUGAAGAUCAGGCUUUAGAUACAGUAAUAGAUUACACUGAAGAUCAGGCUUUAGAUACAGUAAUAGAUUACACUAAAGAUCAGGCUUUAGAUACAGUAAUAGAUUACACUGAAGAUCAGGCUUUAGGUACAGUAAUAGAUGACUCUGAGGCGUGUGAGAUGAAUGGUGAUGGAUCUACUACUACUGUAAUGGAGGGCUCCACUGGCCUGUUACCCGCUAUAGAUGACUGCCAAGCUAGAGACGACAUGAGGGAAGAUGAACCAGAGAUCAACACUAUGCAAAGUGACGCGGGCAGCGCCACACACCACAACAGCUCCAGUCAACACAAGAGGAAAGCCAAGAUCAGUAGAGCCAGACCUGGCAAGAGGCAGGCCAAGCUGUUGUUGAAACCAAAGCCAAAGCCAAACCCUUGGGCGUCGCAAAACACCAGCACUCGCACUAGUUACACAACCGAUGGUGCUGAUACCUCAUCUAGUUCAGGUAUUGGAAUAUUGUAUUUGUGGAUAGAUUCACUUUUUCAACAUUGUUAAUUGAUUCAUAGAUAUAACGGCAAACCGAUAGUAAAAUAAAAUCUUGCAUCAAAUAGAACAUCUUAGAUAAUUCAGUGUUCUGUGGUUUUCCCGUUGUUGUCCCCUUGAUCAAUCAUAUUUUAUUCAUAUUUCAUACAUAUUUUAUUUAUGUCCUCAUUUUUCUAUCAAUGUUUUAUCAGUAGUUAGCAUGCCUGGCACAAAGAUUCCCUUGAGGAAUCUCCACAAGAGAAACCGCAUGGGAGAGAGCCACCUUCACCUGGCAUGCAAGAAAGGAGACCUGGCUCUAGUGAGAGGCCUUAUUGAAGCAGGUUUAAAUGUCAACCAGAUAGAUCACGCAGGUUUGUAACAGCCCAGACUAAACUAUUUCAUUUUGAUCAACCUUUAUUCUAGCAGGGUGUCAUUGAAACCAAGUCUCUUUUUCAAACGAGCCCUGCACAAUAUAAAAACACACAUCAAUACAAAACUAUUAAAACGCAAUAAAUUAUUAAAUUACAAAACAUCUCUGGUCAGAUAAACGGUUGCUUUCAUUGGUAGUCCCGUGUAGCUCAGUUGGUAGAGCAUGGCGCUUGUAACUCCAGGGUUGUGGGUUCGAUUCCCACGGGGGACCAGUAUGAAGGAAAUGUUUGUAUUAUGCACUCACUAACUGUAAGUCGCUCUGAAUAAGAGCGUCUGCUAAAUGACUAAAAUGUAAUUGGCCAGUACUGUACUAGUAAAAUGACAACCUUCUUUUCAUGUAAAAUCUAACUGAUCCCCAACAUAGUCCCUAUUUUCUUUCUAAACCAGUGCUCCUUUACUAUUGUUUUAGUGUUGUGUCUUUCUCUAUGUCCAUUAAUACACUGAGUUACACUUUAAAUUAAUAUUCAUUAAUCCUUUUAACCCCUUAUAACUGUUUGUAAAUGACAACUAAUGCUUUAUGAAUGCUUAUAAUGCAUCGUAACCUGCCUGUGUGUGUGUGCCAGGCUGGACGGCGCUGCAUGAGGCCAGUGCUUCAGGCUCCGAGGCUGUGGUCAAGGAGCUACUGCAGGCUGGGGCAGACGUCACCUGUAGAGGUCUGGAGGGCCUCUCUGCUCUGCAUGAUGCUGCUGCCUCAGGACACUACGAGGUAGGCUACACACACACACACACACUGAUUGAUAGGAUUGACUGACUUGGUGGCUUACUAACGUUGAUUAUGUACGAUGAACUGACACUGGUGUGUGUAUUGUAUGCCCGUUGAGAAUCAGACGUCAAGUUAUUCCCAACUUCCCAACUUCAACUAUACCCUGAUGAAGACAGCUUGUCUGUCAAAACGUUGGUUAUUAGGUUAUUAAAUUAUUGCAUCUGAGCUAAUAGAGUGUGAGGCUCUCCUAUUAUUUUUCCAAGUGUUCUACUCUGCUAGCCAGCACCUCUCCUAAACAGGUGUUCUACUCUGCUAGCCAGCACCUCUCCUAAACAGGUGUUCUACUCUGCUAGCCAGCACCUCUCCUAAACAGGUGUUCUACUCUGUUACCCAGCACAUCUCCUAAACAGGUGUUCUACUCCGCUAGCCAGCACAUCUCCUAAACAGGUGUUCUACUCCGCUAGCCAGCACCUCUCCUAAACAGGUGUUCUACUCUGCUAGCCAGCACCUCUCCUAAACAGGUGUUCUACUCCGCUAGCCAGCACCUCCCCUAAACAGGUGUUCUACUCUGCUAGCCAGCACCUCUCCUAAACAGGUGUUCUACUCUGCUAGCCAGCACCUCUCCUAAACAGGUGUUCUACUCCGUUAGCCAGCACCUCUCCUAAACAGGUGUUCUACUCUGUUACCCAGCACCUCUCCUAAACAGGUGUUCUACUCUGCUAGCCAGCACCUCUCCUAAACAGGUGUUCUACUCCGCUAGCCAGCACCUCUCCUAAACAGGUGUUCUACUCUUUUAGCCAGCACCUCUCCUAAACAGGUGUUCUACUCCGCUAGCCAGCACCUCUCCUAAACAGGUGUUCUACUCUGUUACCCAGCACCUCUCCUAAACAGGUGUUCUACUCUGUUACCCAGCACCUCUCCUAAACAGGUGAUCUACUCCGCUAGCCAGCACCUCUCCUAAACAGGUGUUCUACUCCGCUAGCCAGCACCUCUCCUAAACAGGUGUUCUACUCCGCUAGCCAGCACCUCUCCUAAACAGGUGUUCUACUCCGUUAGCCAUCACCUCUCCUAAACAGGUGUGCGUUUCUUUCGCCUCUGUAUUAUUCCCAACUUCAUGUCUGACUAUAUAGUGCCCUUCUGAAUGUAUUUUUAGUGAAUUGUGUGUUUCAUCAUCAUCAACAUUUCUAUCAUAUAUUGUUUGAUAAUGUGAGGCUAAAAUGUUGAUCCCGAUGAGACCCUCAGGUAGUGGAGCUCCUUCUCCAGUAUGGAUCAAACCCCCAAGACAAGAACGCUCUGGGCCAGACCGCUGUGGACCUAGCCUGCCACGACGACAUCAAACAACUCCUUUCCACAUUCCAGGGCCCUUUUGUCCAACGUGAGCAGCCCAGCGAAGCACCUAAACACAAGCAUGGUUAGCUGCAGCCCAAUAUGGCGACCGGAUAAUGGGCGAGUGGGUGUGUGGAAAGCGAUUCAGCUAAUUGGGCAGAUUUGUUGCCACUCAAGACUGUUUUGCGUUGCUGAUUGGGUUGCACAAAGAGUCGAUAAGCCGGCGACCAGUGCACCGGUGUUGUAUGGACAUGCCUGCCGACCUGAGACCUGACCGUGAUACCCAGUAGGAAGCUUCCAACCUGGUAGCACAGUCGUGUCGCCGGAGUAGCUAACGUGACCAUGUUUUUCCCUCCCAUGAUUUUAUUUAAAGUAGGAUAGCAGCCUACACAAUAAAUAAUUAAUAUUGAUAACCAUCUAGAUGUCACUUUGAUUCAUGCACAUACAGUCUACUCAAUGGGGAGGGCAUGAACGGCAACAACACCGGGACACAGUGACCUUUGCUCCUGUUUGACAAGCUCUACUGUCCGGCAACGGCAUGGGAAGUAGCUACCUAGUAUCAGGGUGACGGUCACAGAAAGCACACGCAUACAGUGCAUGAAGCAACUGUACACCCAUUAUCAGUACUUUUAAUUUAAACAUAUAAUAACUCUUCAGUUUUAUAACUGAAAAUGUACAAUUAUUUGUGUAAACGAACAGUGAAAUACGACUCAGACUCAUUCUCUGGCUUCAAAACAUUAGUCUAAUCUCUCGCGGUAUGGUAGCUCAAUGUAUGGUAGUUGCAAGGUAAGAAACGGACACAUUCCCAGCCUGCCUCUUCUGAGAUAUAUAUAGUACAGGUGAGACUGAGAGAAGCCACGAUGCUGCAAUAUUGAUUAGAGGGUACGUUGACAAAAGUUAAAUGGUAUAUUUUUAGGGCUCAUUGACAGGUCGGUAGUGCAUUUUUAGUCCUAUUCGGCUGUUACUAUCAAAUUUGACAACAUCACUUUAUUGAUCAUAAAUAUAAUCACUGUGAUUAAGAUAAGACUUGGACACACAACAGGUUUUACAAUAAAGAGCAGGAGUGGGGUCAAAUGAGGUCAGUUAAUUCAGGAAGUUAUAUAAAAAAUAAUUUGAACAACUUUUUAAAUAAAUAGGUUCUCCUUUUCAGUUUAUUAAGAAGUCAUUGAAAAUGUUUACAAAAUAUAUAUAAUUAAGUCAAAUUGUCAGUUUACUUCUUGAAUUGACUGUCUUCAAUUUGAAUUGUCCCCAACCCUGAUAAAGAAACAUAGAGUUAGUAGCAACUCUUAACAAUUUCAGUUGUCCAUGACUUGAGAGAAUGUGGUAUGUAUCCAUUCAGGAAGUGCUGUGCCUUCUGAGAGGCCCUCUGAGAGGCCCUCUAAGCAAUGUGUCUCUGAGUCUGGGUCUGAGGGUCGCUGCAGGAGGAAGCCAGCUGGCCCAAGCUGUUUCUGCUGUGAGGGCGACAGGGAAAGACGCAAAGCCAGACGCACAGGUGUCAGGGAUACAGACGGAGACGGACAGCCAGGAGACAAAGAACGAGACGGGCAGCCUGGUGACAUUCAGCCCAGACAGAAAGACAGCACCACUGAGACAGUCAAAGUAAAAUACACAGCUCUGAAAGUUGUAGACUAAAUACUAACAUCAACAUCAACCAGAGUUCCUUCUUUAGGAAUUUCUUUGAGAGAGAGAAAAAAAUUGAAUAUUUGAACGAGUACAACAUGUUUCAAUGUAAAGAUAUCUAGCAUUGGGUUGGAUUCUGUGUCUAGUCAAAUCGAAGUUGAUUGGUUGUGUACACAGUUUGGCAGAUUUGAUAGUGCUUGCAGCCAAAUGUUUAUGUUACUAGUUCCUAACAAUGCAGUAAAUGUCAAAUAAAUAAAACAUCUUCAAAUGUCAGAAUGAAUCCCAAUGAACCCAAGUGGCACUGUAACAAUAAUUCAAAUGCAAUUUAGUCAGGUUAAAAUUAGUCAUUUGAAAAUAUUGGAACAUUUGAUAUGUUAAAUAAGAUCCCUUUGAUGUUGUUUCUCCAGCUGAAUCACUCUGAAGCUAUCACUACAGCUCUGGAGGAAGUGGAGAGAAAACAGGAGGAAAUGUCAACCUGGAAAUUAAAUAAGUCAGAGGACGCAGGUAAAAACAGCAGAAGGCAAACUGUUAAGGAGGCUUGAUGCAGACACUUUCGUUCAGUAUUGGCUUGAAAUCACACACCACGAGGAUUUGAAUAGUCCUUCAAAAUGUUCUCUCACACAAACCUCUCUGGAUAUGUCUAUGUAAUGUUUAUUCAACAACAGUUCUGGUGGGAAAACAAGGCCCAUAUCCACAAAGCGGCGUAAGUGAUAAUAACAGAGACGUUUUACUCCUACUCUCAUGGGUAAAACAAAAGCUAUGCAUGAAGCCUCUUUAGUCAUAAGAGCACUAUAGUCAACAGAUAUUUAGGACACCUCAAGAGCUGUCUUAACCAGUUAAGAGUUACCAGCACAUGCCUUGAUAAGAGAACAAUGCAGUCAGUGGUUCCUGCUCCACAUGCAAUUGCUUUUGAGUUGUAAAAAUGACGUUUUGAUAUUUGGAUUUUGAUCAAUCCGUAAAUAAUCUUUCAUGCAACAGUAUCUCUUGCGCUUUUGACAAUGAUUUCACAUGAGGCCUAUUUCACAUGAUAUGCCUAAAUACUUAAAACCACUAGACUAAUAAAUUAAAAUGUUUUUCUUUCGAUUAUUUAAUUACCUACAGCAUGUUUAUUUUAAGUUAUCCCUUUGGAGCGCAACAUCACGUUGUUAAAAAAUAUGCCUAAAUUGGGCAUGCCUAUAAAUUGGGCAAUUGAAGGCAUCUAGCUGGCUUAUGUUAACUUUGAUUGUGUUGAUGAAAAUGAUAGGCCUUUCAAACGUUGUACGCAACAUUAUCAGCAAGUGACUUAACGCCUGCUUUGCCAACGCGAUUUAGAGCUGUUAAGCGGGAGUGACGAGUGUGUUGAUAGAACGUUAGUAUUGUCAAAAUUCCGCUUUGAACAACCUUCAGAAUUGGUUACGAAGAUAUAAAUAAAUAAAUACGCACGCCAACAUAUUAGGCAAUAGUUAAGAGUAGGCAAAGUGAUGGUGUCAGGCGAAAAUUAUAUCAAACGUUUUACCAUUGUAACAUUUGAUGUCUGAAGCGUGCUAUAAAGUGGCUUGUGAAAGUAUUCACCCCCUUGGCAUUUUUCCUAUUUUGUUGCCUUACAACCUGGAAUUAAACAUUUUGGGAGGGUUUGUAUCAUUUGAUUUACACAACAUGCCUACCACUUUGAAGAUGUAAAAUAUUUUUUGGGGUGAAACAAACAAGAAAUAAGACCAAAAAAAACCAGAAAACUUGAGCGUGCAUAACUAUUCACCCCCCCCAAAGUCAAUACUUUGUAGGGCCACCUUUUGCAGCAAUUACAGCUGCAAGUCUUUUGGGGUAUAUCUCUAUAAGCUUGGCACAUCUAGCCACUGGGAUUUUUGCCCAUUCUUCAAGGCAAAACUGCUCCAGCUCCUUCAAGUUGGAUGGGUUCCGCUGGUGUACAGCAAUCUUUAAGUCAUACCACAGAUUCUCAAUUGGAUUGAGGUCUGGGCUUUGACUAGGCCAUUCCAAGACAUUUAAAUGUUUCCCCUUAAACCACUCCAGUGUUGCUUUAGCAGUAUGCUUAGGGUCAUUGUCCUGCUGGAAGGUGAACCUCCGUCCCAGUCUCAAAUCUCUGGAAGACUGAAACAGGUUUCCCUCAAGAAGUUUCCUUUAUUUAGCGCCAUCCAUCAUUCCUUCAAUUCUGACCAGUUUCCCAGUCCCUGCCGAUGAAAAACAUCCCCACAGCAUGAUGCUGCCACCACCGUGUUCUCGGAGUGAUGAGAGGUGUUGGGUUUGCGCCAGACAUAGCGUUUUCCUUGAUGACCAAAAAGCUCAAUUUUAGUCUCAUCUGACCAGAGUACCUUCUUCCAUAUGUUUUGGGAGUCUCCCACAUGCCUUUUGGCGAACACCAAACUUGUUUGCUUAUUUUUUUCUUUAAGCGAUUGCUUUUUUCUGGCCACUCUUCCAUAAAGCCCAGCUCUGUGGAGUGUAUGGCUUAAAGUGGUCCUAUGGACAGAUACUCCAAACUCCGCUGUGGAGCUUCAAAGCUCCUUCAGGGUUAUCUUUGGUCUCUUUGUUGCCUCUCUGAUUAAUGCCCUCCUUGCCUGGUCCGUGAGUUUUGAUGGGCGGCCCUCUCUUGGCAGGUUUGUUGUGGUGCCAUAUUCUUUCCAUUUUUUAAUAAUGGAUUUAAUGGUGCUCCGUGGGAUGUUCAAAGUUUCAGAUAUAUUUUUAUAACCCAACCCUGAUCUGUACUUCUCCACAACUUUGUCCCUGACCUGUUUGGAGAGCUCCUUGUCUUCAUGGUGCCGCUUGCUUGGUGGUGCCCCUUGCUUAGUGGUGUUGCAGACUCUUGGGCCUUUCAGAACAGGUAUAUAUUUACUGAGAUCAUGUGACAGAUCAUGUGACACUUAGAUUGCACACAGGUAACUAAUUAUGUGACUUCUGAAGGUAAUUGGUUGCAUCAGAUCUUAUUUAGGGGCUUCAUAGCAAAGAGGGUGAAUACAUAUGCACGCACCACUUUUCCGUUAUUUAUUUGUUCAAAUUUUUUUUAACAAGUUACUUUUUUUCAUUUCACUUCACCAAUUUGAACUAUUUUGUGUAUGUUCAUUACAUGAAAUCCAAAUAAAAAUCCAUUUAAAUUACAGGUUGUAAUGGAACAAAAUAGGAAAAAAACGCCAAGGGGGAUGAAUACUUUUACAAGGCAUUGUAGAGUUCACAGUUUGAGAUGCCUCAUUGUGAUUGGUUAUUCCCCAUACUUGCAACAACGUCAAUGAGCGUCAUCACUGUCUUUCCUUUGCGGUACCUCAAACUGUCAUGUUUACCAGCUGAGAUAAACUUUUAUGAGUUGAUUUUACUCCUGGCUCAGAGUUUGUCUGAGCAGUGUCUUAACUGAAAAUGUACAAUUUUCACCGCAAAACCUACUCUGAGCUGGGAGUUUUUUGUUGUUGUUGUUGGUAUUAAAACAGGUUUUAACAGGAUUCCUAGGACCCUUGCUGAGGUGCUUUGUGGGCCCAGAUAUCUGAGUGAGAGGAACAACCUCACCUGCUAAUUUGUUUGAAUUUCCCUGUAGACAAAUUGACGGUGGCGCUAUCAGAGAUCCAGAGUGUUCUGAAUGUUGUGCUGGAAAAACAGCAGGCGGAGAAAGAUGAUCUCACCAGGAAGUACAGGUCUGUAAACUAGACUGCUCUCUAUUGCGUCACAACGUCUUGAGUGUCAAGUUCAUCACGUUUUGUUUACACAUACACACACACACACCCACAAAAACACACCCCACCCACACACACACACACACACACACUCCAGCAUCCUGAGUGGGAUGUUUUUCAAGCUCUGCUGUGUGACUCCGCUUAUUGGUGAGUCAGUGACUAAAGAAAACAGUGGAGUGCAUAGAAUUAAAGAACAGAAAGGGUGACCUUUUUGUAGUGCAAAAGCAUUGUGCAAAACUUAAACCUCAUUAUAAAAACCUCAUUAUGAAACCUCAUUAUAAAACUUAAUUAUGAAACCUCAUUAUAAAACCUCAUUAUAAAAACCUCAUUAUGAAACCGCAUUGUAAAACCUCAUUAUAUGUUGCGGCGUCACUACAGCCUGGGGUUCGAUCCCAGGCUGUGUCACAACCAGCUGUGACCGGGAGUCCCAUAGGGCGGCGCACAAUUGGUGUUGUCCGGGUUAGGGGAGGGUUUGGCCGGGGGGGGGGGGGGGGGGGGGGCUUUACUUGGCUCAUCGCGCUCUAGCGACUCCUUGUGGCGGGCCGGGCGUCUGCAGGCUGACUGCGAUCGUCAGUUGAACAGUGUUUCCUCCGACACAUUGGUGCAGCUGGCUUCCCGGUUAAGAGAGCUGGUGUUAAGAAGCGCGACUUGGCGGGUCAUGUUUCGGAGGACGCAUGACUCGACCUUCGCCUCUCCCGAGCCCAUUGGGGAGUUGCCGAAUACACUAAUUUGAAUGGGUGUCCACAUACUCUUGUAUAUAUAGUGUAUCUCUAUGGGGGUCAACAUGAUUUAGGGCCACUGUACAGUACAUUUGUAUUAUUUUAUUUUACUUCUGAUCUUCUUUUCUCAAAACUUUUUUGUUGUUGUUGUUUUAUUUUACUUUUAUUAUAAAAAAAUAAAUGCAUUGUUGCUUAAGGGCUGUAAGUAAGCAUUUCACGGUAAUGUCUACACCUGUUGUAUUCGGCGCAUGUGGCAAAUUUGAUUUGAUUUGAUUUGAUGAGUUACACUGGGAAGGGUUGAGUGUCCUGGGUGUGUCUCGUGGGGGUAUAUACAUUCCUAAAAUACUUUGUUGUAUGGAUAAUAAAGUUAUUCUUCUUCUCCUGCAGGAUAGCGUCAGACUCGUUCCGGCAGGGUGUGCUGCGUGGUCAGCUGACCUCGUUGGCGUCGCGUCAGAAGAAGCUGCUGGGUAUCCUCCAGAAGCAAAGCGACUUCAAGCUCCAGCUCCGCACCCGGAGGGGCCCGACCCUGACUCAGCUCCCCAGGACACAGCACUCCCAGGCGGGGAGAGAUCAGAACGUCUCCCCCUCAUCAACCACCACCUCCAGCCCUGCUCCCUCAGAGAGGAGACUCGCAGGCAGCCAGGAGGGGAGCCCCACUUCCCCCUUGUUCAGCUCUACUGGUAAUCACGACAACAGAGACAAACAACAAGGUAGUAGCCAGACAUCUCAGGUAGCGCCGCCUCCAGCACAACCUCCAACACUCCUUUGGACCGCCACCACGACUACCCCUCAGCACACCACCAGGUAUUUCCUGGUACCAAUGCCCACAGCUCCUCCCUCAUUGUCUCUGGCUCCACCCACCAGCACCAAUCAGAUCAGUAAGGACAUUCCAACACAACACCGGGAUGACAAAAACAACACUACCUUUCCAUCACAACAAGGAAACAGAAACAGCGAACCACAACAGGGAAACACCCUUGACAUGGGAAGCAAGGUGUCACAACAAGGAAACGGAAACGAUGAUGGAGAAGAGAACAGGAAGUUGAUCAGGCUCAUCAAGAUAGGCAUCAUCACACCAGGAGAGGAUGUUCUACAGCUGAUGUGGAGGGUGAGGCAGGGCAAUUCUAUUUCAAUUUAAUCAAUUCAGGAAGGUAUUUUAGAUUCACGUUUUCCUCAUUGCUUUCGAUGAGGAAUGUCAUAUACAGUAUAUAUUUCGAUAGAAAAGGUCAUUUUAAACGUUCAUAUAAAAUCAUAUAUUUCCUAAUAUUUCAAUGGAAAGGUUUAAAUGAUAUGGCUGUAUCUGUUCUCUUCCAGGGCUGUGUCCACCAGGCGUCUCUGCUCCCAGAAGGGUGGAUCAGAGACGGGGUCACAGGCAGAGUGUUCCAGGCCCCAGAGCUCUGGGUAGCAGCUAUCCUGGGAAACAACAUCCCUGUCUCCUCAGCCUAUGCCUGGGACAAGGUCAACACUACACUACAGUCUUCCUAA